UUGGGUUUUUUUUUUAUUGCUAGCUAAGAUUUUCUGUAACUUAAGUUGUUUGGGUGCAGUCAGUCGCCUUAUGUUUAUUGCUAUGGGAUAUAUUUUUAAUAAGCAAACGACGGAUACAUUAUAAAUUGCAAGUUUGUGCAAGUGAAGCUAAGUUGUAACGUCGUAUAUUACAGAACUGUCAAAAAGGAGGUCAAAGGACACAGUUCUGCAGGUCUGUAGGCAGUCAUUCUAUAUAGCUAUUUUCAAAGGAGCUAAAAUCGGCUUCUGUAAAACGGUGACAGCAAGAGCCAUGCAGUGAAAGUGUGCGUGAAGUUUAUUUUGAAUCCUACAGCUUUGUUAUGGCUUCUUCUGUUAGCUGCUCUUUGUUAUUGUUACCUGCCAGACUCUGUCGAAGUCUGCGGUCAAGAGCAAGCUGGACGCUCUCCGCUAAAGGCUUCGAUCAAAGGAGCUCGUUUCCAAGUGAAGGUGCAACAGUUCUGUCCAGACAUGCACGAUCUCUCUGCUGGACUCAGACCCGAGGGUUUUUCUCCCACGGUGGAAGUUCGUCCGCUAAGCAGCAGACCCUGGAGGAUAUCGCAAAGAGCAUCCGGGAGCAGCAGUUCAAGAGGGUCGUGGUGAUGGCUGGAGCGGGGAUCAGCACUCCCAGUGGCAUCCCAGAUUUCAGGUCUCCAGGCAGUGGUCUCUAUGACAACCUGCAGCAGUAUGACCUGCCUUACGCCGAGGCCAUAUUUGAGAUUAGCUUUUUCCACCAUAACCCAAAUCCCUUCUUCGCCCUGGCCAAAGAGCUGUAUCCAGGAAACUACCGCCCCAACCUGACACACUACUUUGUAUAUCUGCUUCACAAGAAGGGUCAGCUGCUCCGGAUGUACACACAGAACAUUGAUGGCCUGGAAAGACUAGCAGGGAUUCCUCCUGAGAUGCUGGUGGAGGCCCACGGCACGUUUGCCACUGCCACCUGCACCGCUUGCUUGAGGAAAUAUGAGGGCGAGGACCUCAGACCCGACGUGAUGAGUGGGACGGUCCCCAAGUGUCCCACCUGUAAGGGCGUGGUAAAGCCUGACAUCGUGUUUUUUGGUGAGGAGCUUCCACGACACUUCUUCAAGUAUAUCACAGACUUCCCACUGGCAGACCUGCUGAUCAUCAUGGGCACAUCACUGGAGGUGGAGCCUUUUGCCAGUCUUGCUGGAGCCGUUCGCAGUUCUGUGCCCCGUCUUCUCAUCAACAGGGACUUGGUGGGGCCGUUCACCUGGAGCCGCCGGCCUAAUGACGUCGCGCAGCUGGGUGAUGUGGUGAGCGGUGUGCAAGCUCUGGUUGAUGCUCUUGGCUGGACUCGGGAACUUGAUGCUCUGAUGGCGGCCAGCACUGAGAAAAGUGCACCAAAAAAAGAAGAGUGACACAAGUUCACAACAUCAAAAAACGAGGUUUGACUUUACAUCAAACACACAAACUGUAGGAUGAAGUCCAGAAGACUCGAGGUUUACUAGGAUUUUAAAAAUGGGAUCAGUGGUAACUAUCAGACUGGUAGAUAAAGAAGUUGUAUAGUGGAAAUGCUGUGUAAUUAAUGCUCAGUCAAAUAUGAAUAAAAUACUGUAUAACAAAGUUUUGUGUGCAGUAGAAUUUACUCUGCAGUAGCAAUAUUGAGUACAGCACACAGUAUUGUACAGGUACAGUACUCACUGGUACUUUAUUUUAUUUGUAAAUGCACAGUUGACAGACCCAAGCUAUCCUGUUAAUGUGCCAGCUUUAUUUUCACCUGCUGUCUCAGGGAGGUUAUUGGCAUGAAUGGAGCCUUUUUCACUGGAGAGUAUGAAUCCCGAAGUCUGCUGCUCACCAUCUUCAGCUCAUGCUUAAUGCUAGACUGAGUUAAAGACUGAAACACUGAUGUAAGUCAGUAAGAACAGACCAACAAAGAAAGGCUGUGUAGAAUGUGAAUUAAAGGGUAAAAUAGGGAUUAUUCUUCACAGACGGAUCCACACUGAGUGGACGCGUGUGUGCGUCGAUGGUCAUGAAGUCAUUGUACACAGUCAGAGAGAUUGUGAGUUCUGAUACACUCAUGACAUCAAUGUUAUGUUUGCUUUUUGGUAACACUGCCAAAAAAUUAGGGAUAAAAGCCGUUAUUAAACAGCAGAGGGAGUAAGAGGGCAGCCGAGACUGUAACAUGCUCCUGUUUGAAUCCUGCUGAGUGCUGUAAAGAAAAAUGGGAACUGCAGCUGAGACCACAUUCACCUACUCUGUUUAAAAUAUAAUU